GAGAGAGCCGGGCCUCCGCCCCCUCGGCGGGGCGGGCGGGCGGAGGAGGGCGCAGCACGUGCCGGCCGCGGGGGUCGGGCGGGCGCGGGGGAGGCCUCCCCGGAGCCCGGGAGGCGGCGGAAUGGAAAUGAAUCAAUGCACCGCCCGAGCCGCCGCGGCUCCCGAUCGCCGAGCCGCCCGCAGCAAGUUCGUUCAACUCGCAAGGCUGUAACCGGAGCCCGGGAGAGGGGGUGGGGCAGGGAGGCCCCGCUCCCUAAAGCCUGGAUAGAGAAAGGAGGCCCAGCCUUUUAGGAGAGACUAAUACCUACCUGCAUGAGGAAUUAGCCAUGAACAUCACCCAAUAGGCACAUUCAACACAAAGCCACCUUCUAAAUAUGGUCUUAACCCAGAGCUUCAGAGGAAUCUGAUGACCUGAUGAACAGGUGAGGGGCCUAUCCAGAGAAUAACCAUGGACCUGGUAGAUGAGUUUAAAGAUGAUAUUUCUAACAUCCCAAGAGUAUCACAGUCUAAUCAGAAAAGAGAAACCAUGAAAAAACCAUCUAAAGACAAAAUGGCCAUUACUUUAGCCAAGAUCAACCGAGGAGCAUUAAUUCAAGGAUUGAACAGCAUAUCCAGAUCCUCCCAUUCAGUGGCCAAACUCCUGCAGCCUCAGCUUGCUUGUAGACUUUUAGAGCUAAAGGGCAUAUCUCACCGCCUGCUGAGGGAAGUGAAUGUACCAAAGCAGCCCCUAUAUAACAUGCAGAUCAGAAAGGGUUCUUUGUUUGAUAUCAUUUCCUUUCCAGCAAAGACUGCUUUAACUAGCAUAAUGUAUGCUUCAUAUGCAGCACUAAUUUAUUUGACAGUCUGUGUUAAUGCUGUUCUGGAGAAGGUAAAGAAAAUUUUCCAAGAAGAAGAAUCUAUAAGGCAAAACAAAGAGGAGAGCAAACAUCUUAGAAAAGCCUUUUCUGAGCCUGCACUUUCUGAACCUAUGUUUCCCAAAGAUGAAAUCAAAGCAAAAACUUAUUUUUCAUUACUGGAUCAGCCAAACAAUAUUUCUGAUUUUCCUGAUGAUAUGCUGAGUAAUAAGAUCCAAGUUUUACAUUCUGUGUUUGACGAAUCAACUGAAAUAAAUGAAUGAACUAAUCUGAACAUGAAUAUCACUUGAACAGCUUAAGAUUUAUCUAUGUAAUAACAUUUCAUCUGACAAAACCAGGAAACUAGUUUUCAUAUACUGACUACUCUGCUUUUAAGAAGAGUGGGGAGGAACUAGUAAAAUGUCAUUCUCAAGUGUUUAUAUGGUAGAGAAAACAAAAUGAAUCUUGGUGUAGAAUAUAUUUAUGACUAUCUGAUUAUUUUUUAAUGAAUAUGAAAAUUUACCCUUUGGUGGGUUAGACUUUAUGCUUUGGUUUAUAAUAUAGGAGUAUGCACAAUACAUUUAUGUUUUUAUUAAA